AGCUUCUUAGGUAAUGCAGGUUAUACCUUGCCUCUACCUAGUACUUCGUAUGUUUCGUAUGUUUCGUAUGUAAUUAAUAAAAUAAAAUAAAAAGCUACCCUCAAUCAUACCUCAUAUACAAAUGCCUUCUCCAUAAUAUGCCUUUUUUAAAGAUCCGGAUAGCUCUCAAGCCUUACCCAUUGUCCCAUUCACUCACCUCUCUUCCCUCUUUCUUUUAUUCCCUGGGUUCUUUCAGCAUUCCGUUCCCGUCCCUUUCUUACCUUUUGAUCCUCUAGUGCCGCGCCGUUCACAGUGCCGGCUCUUCUUUGAAAGAAUGACUCUUCAUUCCAGUCUUUGCCCCUAGAACAAUAGUGGUACAUAAAGUUCUCCUCUCCGACCGCCUCCUCCUUUCCGUAUCUAUUGUCAGAUAGCACCUAAUUGGUAUAUCUUGGGUAUUGCUUCAAUGAUAACAUGAGUUCCAUUACGUUCGCGAGAGCUUCAAUCGCUCCAAUGGUUGGCGGUCAUGACACAAUGUCCUCUGGUACAAGCAACGAUCGUGGGACCGCUGCAAGCAGGAUCGAUGUCCACUCACCCGGUGCUGGCUCAGGUACAGGAAGGCCACCGUAUCGUCACAUAGACGAUCUAGUGUCGGUUAGCGUCGACCUCGACCCUCACACCCCUUUGCGAAAGGUCCUCGAGCUUGGAGAUGGCCAUAUGCGACAGGCCAUAACGUAUAGCGAUUUCCACCGUCCAGACCUAGCACUACAAGAGUACAUCAAAGCAUUUACGAUCGCUGUUGAUAAAGUGCCCAAGCACAAAGAAUACCCAUCAAUGAGUUCUGAUCGAGGAGACCUAAACCGCUUGUACAAGGCUCUCAAGAUGAAGAUAACUACGAAUGGGGCGACCUUCGACAAGAUUAAAGAAGACAUCAAAGAGAAUAACAGGCGGAGUGGUGUACAACCGACGAGAUCUCCUCAGCGCCCUGCUGAUGCUCUAAAUAGGGCUAAUAAUGCGCAUGAUGUCAAGGAUAGCAUCGUUGGAGAGCGCAGGCCAAAGCCAACGGUUCAACCGAAACCAGAAGCGUUGCAUGGAAAAGCUAUCAAACAAACCCCUACUACCCACUCUGAAGAUCUUACAAAUAGAUUUGCGCGGUUGCGUGAUCCUCAAAAGUCUCGAAAGGUAGCCGAGGUAGUUAGCCAGCCAUCGGCUGGGGGUGGACAAUCUACUCCAAGCCAGGCGCUAUAUUCAGUCGAUACAGCUAUGCCAGUCAUGCCAAAGCUCCCCGAAGCAAUUUACAGUCCAGCGAGAGGUACUGUAACCAGUGAGCUCGCCAACCUUCCAUCCAGUACCCCUCGCGGAAUGUUUAGUCGGACGAACUCGACUGCAUCGUCCCCUAGUGUCUCAGCUCGCAUAUCGACGGAAAAUGCCAUCAGACUCUUUGGCAGAGAGCAGUUCGCAGCCGCCCAUUCUUAUCGAGCAGCGCAAUCCUCCGCUACUCCGACUAAAGUUCCAAUUCCGAAUGGCGAUGACAUCACGGCCGCCGCACUUGCGGAACUCAUAAGCAAGUACCCCCAGGUCGAUGUUUUGGUAAUAGAUAUUCGGGAUCGGGAGUCUUUUGACGAGGGGCAUAUCAAAUCAGCCAAGACGGUUUGUAUCGAGCCUGAGAUUCUUAUGCGAGAGAACGUAUCCGCGGAUGAGAUUGCUGAUAGCAUGGUCCUUGCUCCUUCAAAUGAGAGGCUCGCAGUCGAGCAACGUGACAGGGUUGACUUGGUAGUUAUCUAUGAUCAGGAUAGCACAUCAAUACCGUCUAGGAUAACCGGAAAUUCUUUAGAAAUGGUCCUGUAUAAUAUCCGACAAGCCCUGUCGUACUAUAGCUACAGCAGACCGCUCAAAAAUGUCCCAAAGCUGCUGAGCGGUGGUCUGAAUUCGUGGGUUCUCGAAUUUGGAGAAGCAUCCCUUGAGACUUCUGGUACAAUAUCAAAUAGUAUGUCUCCAAGCUCGGCGUUGAGGCGAAAGUACGGCGACAGGAGACGAUCUCGGACUAAGACACUCAGUCAAAAUGAGAUUAGUCAAUUUGAAGAAAUGAUCAAGAAUGACCGAGUACGACUUGACAAUUUCGACUAUGUCAAAACCAGGGAAGACUUCAUCCGCCGCUAUCCAAGCAUAAGAGGCGACCCCGAAUCUAUGACUUCUGUCAAGGAGGAUUUGGAUUCGCAGGAAGACUUCCUGGCCAGCAUAGCUCCCGCACCUCCCAGACUACCGGCUCCCGCUCUUCCAAGAACCAGAUAUAGUGGCUUGGAAUCCAGAGAUGUCGACUCUGGUGUUGGUGGUAUUGCCAUGGCAGCAGACCCAGCGUCGGCAAUAUCUGCUCGGCCUGUGACUGGACUCCAUAACCCUGGCAACUGGUGCUAUUGCAAUUCAGCUUUACAAGCAUUAGUGGUUUCACCUGGGUUUAUUAUCGAGCUAUUCCAACCCGAAUGGCCUCAAAAUUGGCGCUGGCCCACAAACAGGGAACCGGCACAGGCACAGCUACUAUGCCGUCUUUUAAAACCCCUGCUAAUGUGGUUGGCCAAGAGAGUAGUCAAAUCAAUAUCAGCUACUACAGUUAUGAGAUAUUUAGAAUCCAUACACGAAGGGUACAAAGAUGUGAGCGGAAAAAUUAUAAGGUUAGGCGAUAACUCCCAACACGACGCCGACGAGUUUCUUAGCUUCGUGUCUGAGCAAAUGGCAGCCGAAACGAAUAUGAGCCUUCGAUAUAAUCAAACCGCAGAAAAUGUCAUGUUACCGAGAGGCGAGAAUCGUGCAGUUAAGUCACUGGUUUCUCUAUUUUUACAGCAAUGGACAGGGACCAAGGCGUACAAUUUCAUCGAUCGUCACUUCGCGUCGCUUGUAUUUUAUACAACUAGUUGUACCUCCUGUUACAAGAUCUCACACUCUGCACAGCCAGAACGCGGAUUCACAGUGUCGCCUCCGGAAAGCGGAAGAGUUACACUUACAAAACUCCUUGACGAGUGGUUUGAACCCGGGGGCAUCUUAUGUUCCAGGUGCCAAAAGCCAGAAGACGGGACUCAGACCGACAAGCCUCCCCCCCCUCCUCUUGUGGUGAGAAGACCUCGACUCGCGAAGUUACCCCGUCUACUACGCAUAUAUAUCAGAAGACAAAUAGAUAGGAACGACAUAGAGAAAAAUAAAACCGGGGUCACUUUCCCUCUUGAGCUUGACAUGGCCCCCUACACCGAAGAUGCACACAUUCGAGAGGGCGCUGCCAAACUUCUAGGUGAUGAGCUCAGUGAUGGCAUGUUGGCUCCUACUUCCUACGAGCUUUACGCUGUGCAGGUACAUAACGGCCCUAUUGUUAGCUCCGGUCACUACUGGACCUGGGUCAAACACCAACAGCCGGACACGUGGACACGCUGCGAAGACACUUUCAUCAAACAGUUUAGCGGGGUCGACUGGCAGAAGAGUCUCGACGAUCUACAUAAAUGCCCGGGCAAUGCUACGCCCGUUGGGCUGUUCUAUAAGCGCAAAGAUAUUCCUUGGGCAUGGGAAAGCAAUUUAGAUGAUUUGCUAAAGCCAUAGUUCUGGGUCUUCGAUAUGUGUCCAGUUAGUCGAUCCGGGAGUACGAGCCGGAGGAAAAGGGAAGGAAAGAGGACGAGUGUAGAACUACCUAGCAACUUGGGAGGAUCGGGAGGAUCUGAAGUUUCGAAAGAAGGUAACGCUAUACUAUACCGCCAUGGGGAAUGGGGUGUUGAGGACGAAAUAUUGUGCUAUUUCUUUUACUUCUCCCGCUUGCUGUAGUAGCUGGACGGCGACGAUCUUGCAAAGAGGGGAGGGGGGGGGGGGGGGGGGGGGGGGGG